UUGAUAUCAAUGUCUGUCUGGCUUUUCUUUUGUACUCCAGUAAACUCACUGUGUAGGGUUUUUAAAACCCCAAUAUCUACUCUCUCUCUCUCUCUCUUAACUGAUCUGUAGUUUAAAAGGUGGCGAACUUUCUGGAUGUCAUGCAUAUUAUAAAGGGUGGCUGGGUUGGGCAAACAUUUGCCCUUGCUAAAAGCAAUGAGUCUGAAGGAAGGAAGUCUCGGAUUCGGCGUUCCAAGGAGGAGCGUAAGGCGAUGGUUGAAUCCUUCAUAAAGAAGUACCAAAAGUUAAAUAAUGGUAAUUUCCCAUCACUUAAUCUUACCCAUAAGGAAGUUGGUGGGUCUUUCUACACUGUACGAGAAAUUGUCAGAGAUGUAAUCCAAGAAAAUCGAGUGCUAGGUCCUGCUAAGUUGACUCGAGACGAGCAAAUCACGAAUCAAUUAGAAGAAGAACCAUUGGGUUCAAUUGCUAUAGGGCCUUCUUUGACAAUAUCAAAUGACUUACAGUUAGUGAAAAAUGAGCAUCAAGGUGGUAGUGAAGGGACAAGUUCAGUUUCUGAUGGUUGCCGUGCUAAAGGUGAACAGCAGAUUUUUGACAAUGGGAAAGUUAUUAAUGCUACUCUGGCAGACAAGAAAAAUGAGGGAUUGGUUGAACUGAGUGACAGAGAGAUGCAAGCUCCUGAACUUGCAGAAGUGGAGCAGAAUGUUGAUAAUUCUGUUGAAGAAGCAGAUAUAGUUUUCCAUGGGCAUUAUGAUUCUCGUGAACGCGAGAUAGUUGAGGAUGAACUUAUUGUCAAUGGUAUUCAGGUAGAUGUGGGAAAGAAUGAAUCUGAUGAACUGGCACAAUCGGAGCUGCAGAUGAGCGAACCUUCUGAAGCAGAUAAUGUUGAAGAAGAAUUAGCAGCGUCUAGGUCUAAAGUGACGCCUAUUGCAGAAAAUGUAAUAGUUGAGACAUUUCCAUUGAGUUCUGUUACUAGUCCAAGUAAAAUGGAUGGAAGGUUAAGUGAAGUAAAUGGUAUGGUUAAUACGUUUACUGAACAGGGCAUUAAUAAGGCGGAAUCAGCUGCUAGGGUUGGAAGUUUUCAGACAGAGAGAACAAAUUCCUCUGAGAAAUCUAGUUUGAUGGAUGAUAAAGAAGUGACUAGAAUUUCUAGUGCAUUAUUAGAUAAAAAUUCUGGCUUAAUGGAUGAGAAACCUCUGGAGAAACACCAAGAUCCACUGCUGGAAAGCUCGAAUUGCUGUAAUGAUGUCGGUAAACAUGAAAGUCAGGAUUUUGCAAAUGGGGCUGUUAAAGUAUCUAGUGAUGACACGUCAGUGACCGUUGAAGAAAAGCAGGAAAUUCCUGGAGCUAAGGGUGUAAAUGCUCCAAAUGGCAUCAAAGAAAAGUUAAAUGACAAAAGUGGCAGUAUGAGUGAGCAAUCGAAAACUUCUAAGGAGCAGGCUGGAAAUCAAGUUGAUGUCCAACAUGAUGGAAGCUCCCAGAAAGAAAGUAACAAAACUUUAGAUAGAAUUAAUCUUGAAUCAUGGGAAGGGGCAUCUAAGAAUUCUUCAAAACCAAAUGAUAACCCUGUUUGGGCUGUUUUUAAGGCAUUUAUAGAUGCCUUUAUAAAGUUUUGGUCUGUAUGACAAUUCUUAAGAUUGUAAUUCCUAGAAAUUUUGCGAGUUUAAAGUCGAUGUAAGUUGAGUAUAUGCCUGGUUGAGUGAUGCAUGAUUUCUUGUGUAACCCUCAAAUUAUGAGUUUUCUAUUUAUAGAUUGUGAUCUUUACCUUUUUCUUC